AUGAAACAGAACAAAUCUCCUCCGGCCAGUGCUACUCCGGCCGGUCACCGGCCUAGUAGCAAUCCGAUUGCCUCCUCCCAUGCCCCAAAUCCCUUCUCAUCUGUGCCUCAAUCUGUACCUGGCGGGUUAAAUGAUCCAGCAAGGCAGCGACUUCCUUCAUCGUUCGGACCACCACCGCCACCAAGUGCUGGAACCUUUCAGCGGUUUCCAACCCCACAACUCUCCUCAACCGCCCAAAUGCCACCAGUACGACCUCUGACUGGCCCUUUCUCAUCACCGCCACCAGUUCCAUUUGGAACACAAAUACAACCGCCCCAGCCCCCUCCUUCGGUCCCUCCCGUCGGAUUUCCAUCACAAAGUAUUAAUACUAUGCAACCACCGGGUGCAAAUGUUCCUCAGUCAUCUCCCAUGACAAACUUACAGCCGUCAUCACCGCCAAUGAUGGCAGGGGUGUAUCCUGCCAGUAGAGGCCCCUUUCAGCAGUCACCUUUUCAGGGGUAUCCUGGACAGCCACCGAAUGUUGCCCCACCAACUCAACCCCCAAACCCGGUAACUUAUCCACCUCAGCAACUCGGUUAUGCUGCGACCAUGCCUGGAGCUUCAAGGCCUUAUAUUUCUCCACAAGGAAGUUAUAUGCAGUAUCCAAAUUCCAUGCCGCCUACAAGUACAGCACAAAGUCUAAUUGAGGACUUCAGUUCUCUCUCUCUAGCAUCUGCUCCAGGAUCAUUUGAUACAGGGCUUGAUUCUAAAGCUUUACCCAGGCCAUUGGAUGGAGAUUUGGAGCCAAAAUCUUUUGCAGAGAUGUACCCUAUGAACUGUAGUUCUAGGUACUUACGCCUUAGUACAUGUGCUAUUCCAAAUUCACAGUCAUUGGCUUCAAGGUGGCAUCUGCCUCUUGGAGCUGUUGUUUGUCCUCUUGCAGAAGCUCCUGAAGGGGAAGAAGUGCCUGUGGUUGAUUUUUUGUCGACUGGCAUCAUUCGCUGUAGGAGAUGUCGCACGUAUGUGAAUCCAUAUGUGACUUUUACUGAUCAUGGGAGGAAGUGGAAAUGCAACAUAUGUUCGUUGCUUAAUGAUGUUCCGGGUGAUUAUUUUGCGCACCUUGAUGCCAGUGGUAGGAGGGUUGACUUGGAUCAACGCCCUGAGCUUACUAAAGGCAGUGUCGACUUUAUUGCUCCAGCUGAAUACAUGGUUCGACCACCUAUGCCACCAGUUUAUUUUUUCCUCAUUGAUGUUUCGGUCUCUGCUGUGAAAAGUGGAAUGCUUGAGGUCAUUGCAGAGACUAUUAAGUCUAGUUUGGAAAACUUGCCUGGAUUUCCAAGGACACAAAUUGGCUUCAUAACUUUUGAUAGCUCAAUACACUUUUACAAUCUAAAGUCUUCCUUAAGUCAACCUCAGAUGAUGGUGGUCUCAGAUCUGGAUGAUGUAUUUGUACCCUUGCCAGAUGAUCUCCUUGUUAACUUAUCAGAGUCAAGGGCUGUUGUGGAUUCCUUUCUGGACAGCUUGUCCACCAUGUUUCAGGGCAAUGUGAAUGUGGAGUCCGCUUUUGGUCCGGCUCUUAAAGCAGCAUUCCUGGUUAUGAAUCAAAUUGGUGGGAAAUUGUUGAUUUUUCAAAACACGUUGCCGUCACUUGGUGCUGGCCGGUUAAGGCUUCGUGGAGAUGAUUCCCGUGUUUAUGGAACUGAUAAAGAGUAUACCCUAAGAAUACCAGAAGAUCCAUUUUAUAAGCAGAUGGCUGCUGAUUUUUCGAAAUUUCAGAUAGCAGUGAAUGUAUAUGCAUUCAGUGACAAAUAUGCUGACAUAGCUUCCUUAGGAACUCUGUCGAAAUAUACGGGCGGACAGGUGUACCACUAUCCAAAUUUCUCAUCAUCUGUUCAUGGAGAUAGAUUGAGAUAUGAGUUGGCUAGAGAUCUAACUAGAGAGACAGCAUGGGAAUCUGUCAUGCGCAUAAGAUGUGGUAGAGGUGUGCGAUUUACUUCUUACCACGGUAACUUUAUGUUGCGAUCUACCGAUCUUAUGGCUCUACCAGCUGUUGACUGUGACAAGGCUUAUGCAAUGCAGUUUUCCCUUGAAGAAACACUGUUGACAACUGAUACGGUUUAUUUUCAGAUAGCUUUGUUGUAUACAUCAUCUUCAGGAGAAAGGCGUAUCAGGGUACAUACUGCUGCUGCUCCAGUUGUCACCGAUCUGGGCGAGAUGUAUCGCCUGGCUGACAUUGGUGCUGUAGUUUCUUUGCUUUCUCGACUAGCUAUUGAGAAAUCACUGUCCUAUAAAUUGGACGAGGCUCGGAAUUCUGUACAACAGAGGAUAGUUAAAGCACUUAGAGAGUAUAGGAACCUUUAUGCUGUCCAGCAUCGCUUGGGGGGAAGGUUAAUAUACCCAGACUCAUUGAAGCUGUUGCCGUUGUACGGCUUGGCAAUAAUUAAAUCGGUACCUCUUCGUGGUGGUUAUGCCGAUUCGCUCGAUGAACGCUGUGCUGCAGGGUAUACCAUCAUGGCUUUGCCUGCUAAAAAAUUGUUGAAACUUCUGUAUCCCAAUUUGGUUCGGGUAGAUGAAUUGCUGCUAAAAUCUUCUUCCGGUGACGAGUCUGAAAACAUUUGGAAGAGACUUCCACUUGCUGCUGAGAGCUUAGAUUCAAAGGGACUUUAUGUUUAUGAUGAUGGUUUCCGGUUUAUUAUAUGGUUUGGCAGAAUGCUUUCACCUGAUGUAGCUAUGAGUUUACUUGGCGAUGAUUUUGCAACCGACUAUUCAAAGCUUACCCUUGUUGAACGGGACAAUGAAACCUCAAGACGACUAAUGAAGAUACUAAGAAAGUACAGAGAAAGAGACCCGUCUUACUAUCAGCUUUGUCACCUUGUGCGGCAAGGUGAACAACCCAGGGAAGGCUACUUCCUGCUGGCUAAUCUCAUAGAGGACCAGAGCGGUGGUACAAAUGGCUAUGCUGAUUGGAUUUUGCAACUACACCGGCAAGUUCAGCAGAACGCAUAA